AUGCCAGGCAAUGGAGCAUACGACUAUGCCGACUGGGAUGGCUGGGGCGCAGGAUGGGACGAAGACUGGGAAGAAGGGUGGAGAGCAGAUGCCUGGUGGAAUCAGGAGGAGCCGAGACCGGCGCACUCACGCCGGGUGCUCCCAUCUGCACCGGCCUGGGUCUCUCAGAGCUCCUCGGAUCGUCUGGCAGGCAAAGGUCUCAGCAAAGACAGGAUCAAGAUGCCGCCAGGCUUGGACGUCUCCAACGGGUUGGCGCACAGCAUACGUGCAAGCCGCCCGGAGAAGGGCAAGGACGGCAAGGACGGCAAGGAAGGGAAAGAGGGCAAGGCCUUUGCCAUCACCAUGAAGGGCAAAAAAGGCCCUCCACAAAGGGCCUUAGGAAAAGGCCAGGAGUCGUAUUCGACACAGAAGGGCACCUGGGAAAGGGGCCAGGAGAAAGGCAGGAAGCAGAGCAAAGACAAAGGCGGCCGACGACCGAAAGGAGGCUGGUGGUGGUGA